CACCCCAAUGUCGAGAGCUGCCUGCACAUCAAAUAGCCCCUUCAGCCGUGGAUGUUGCAAACCUAAGAUAUAACCGGUCUGUUGCUCGGUGAUGGUAGUGAUUGAUUCAGAACGUUACACGACCAGUAGCAGCAUAGUGAUGUCAGACAGGGUCAUGGGAAGCUACGGCCAAUUCUGGGAGCACUUAAUAGAAAGCAGGAACUAUUUUUGAACUUUGUGCUGGUCUACUGCAGUAUAGGACAGAUGGAUUAUGAUUCCUGUAAUACAGAUUUACACCUGGGGGAGAAGACAUUCCAGCUUUCUUGUCACAACUUUAUUCAACACUCAAAAGCUAUUGGAGAUGGCUGGGUAUGGGAGAGCAUUGAGGCUACUAAUGAAGGUUACAUGAAAAAAGUUCUUUUGAAAAUGAAAAAUGCUUUUGGUUAUACAAUUCCAGAACAACAAAAAAUUGUAAAUGAAAAAACAUAUAGACAGGAGUUUGAAGUUCAGGACACUAUGGAUUUAGAAGAGAUUGACAUAAGCAGCAUUGACCUCAGUGGACGAGAAAUGAUCAGAUUUGAAUACCAUGUUGUCUACUCAAGCAGCUAUCAAGUACCUGUUCUUUAUUUCAGAGCCUGUGAUAUAGAUGGACGGCCCCUUACUCUAGAGGAGAUUUGGCAAAGUGUUCAGGAGAACUAUAAGGAACGUUUAUUAGAAGGACCAUGGGAGACUAUUACUCAACAGGAGCAUCCACUACUUGGACAACCAUUUUUCAUUCUUCAUCCAUGCAGAACACAUGAACUAAUGACCCCUAUACUGAAGGGUGCAAGAGAGGAAAAACAAAGUGUGAACUACAUUACAGCCUGGUUAAGUAUGAUGGGUCCAGUUUUGGGAUUAAACUUACCAAUUAGUUACACCACAGCAACAUCUGCACAACAGUUGGACUGAUAAAAAAAAUCUACAAGACAUUUCCUGGAUAUGAAUUUGUACUGAAGGUAAAUCGGCAGUCCUCCUUAACAAGAAUAGGAAAGACAGUUUGGAAAUUUAAGGAGGCCGAGUCAGCAAUGUUAACAUUUUGUAAGAUAAUGAAAUUAUAUUCUUGUGCAACAUCUUUAUGCUAAAUAUUUCAGGCCAAAGGACAGUCAGUUUAUAAGCCUCGGUCCUUUUAUAAAAGGUUUUCUGUAAUAUGCUUUUUCUUUUUAAACAUUUUUUAAAGGACUGAACUUUAAAAUCAUAUUAGAAUAUGCAAAACACAAUUCAGAUACAAAUACAAUCAGUAUACCAU